AUGAAUUUCAGCGUCAACUUAUCCUAUGAGAAUGAUCGAUAUCAAUACAUGGGGGAGUAUCGAAACGGCAAAAGACAUGGAGAGGGUCGGUGUCGUUACUUCGAGUCACCAUGUUUAGAAUGGGAAGGGCAAUGGCUUGAUGAUAAGUGGCAUAUGGGUAUACUAACAUGGCAAUCACGUAGUAAUCCAUGUAUUGGUAGAUGGAAUGGUGGAAAAACACUCGGCGUUUUCACAAGCCAAUGUGGUGAUGUUUACAAAGGAGAAUGGAAAGAGGGUGGAAUUGCUCAUGGAUGUGGUUUUGUUCAAUAUGCAGAUGGUAUGAGUUACAAAGGUAAUGGUAUGUGGAGAAACGGUAGUCGACAUGGUCAUGGUAAGAUGACAUAUCGUGAUAGUAAACAAGAAUUUAAUACGGAGUGGUCGUAUGGUAGGAUGUUGGAACCUAAAGUAGAUGUAUUUGAUAUAAUAAAGACCUUGGAGGCGUUCAGUAAAGAGAUUGACGACACACAUCAGUAUAAACCAAUAAAAAAAUUAAUAAACUUUACAUAUAGCAUAAUUCGCAGUGAAGCCAAGCGCACUGGGAAUCCUGAUAGACUUUUAAUCGUUCUAGAAACAAUAUUAGCUAAUAUACGUCCAGAAUAUAUCAACCUGUUUAUAAACGAUCUCAUUCAAGAUCGUAAAUCGAAGUGCAACAUCUUGAUACUCGCAGCUAAUAAUGGAUUUUAUAAGAUCGUAGAAGCAAUACUUAAACGAUUCAAUGUCAACGUUGAACUAGAAGGAUUUAUUAAGUAUGAAAAUCAAAUAAUUGAUGGUGUAACAGCUUUAUGGUGCGCAGCUUUGUGUGGUAAUUUGCCUAUAGUUCAAACAUUAGUUGAACAUGGUGCAAAUAUUAAUCAUUGGACCAAAUUGCACUCAACACCAUUGAGAGCUGCUUGUUUUUUUAACAGCUUCGACGUAGCCAAAUAUCUGAUUGAUCAUGGUGCUGAUGUGAAUAUUCAGCAUACAUCAAUGAGUGACACAUGCCUUAUGUUAGCAUCAUAUAAAGGUUAUUUGGAAAUAUGUAAAUACCUUCUGGAAAAGGGUUGUAAGGUGAAUAUGACAGAUAAUGAUGGUUCUACCGCCUUACAUUGUGCAACUGAACAAGAUCAUUUAGUCGUUGUUCAAUGUCUAAUUGAUAAUGGCGCCGAUAUUUCGAUUAAAAACAGAUGGGGCUUUACUCCUUUGAUGUUGGCGGCUUUAACACCAAAUGAGGACAUUGCGAACUAUCUUAUUAAUAAAACGGCUGAUCUUCAGGAAAGCAUUGAAGGUCUAGAACUAUUAGCUACGUCAUAUGCCAAUGACGAUGUUAGUAUAUUUAAUUUUGAAAAAGUAUAUAGCUAUUUGUUGAAAGCCAUGCAAUUGCGAUAUGCAGAUCACACCCAAUUAAUUAAUAAAAAUAUUCAACUCCCGAUAGAAGCCUACCAAAAUCAUUGUGAAUGUCAAACAAUCGAAGAACUUCAACGAAUUCGCCAUAAUCAUGAUGCAUUACAUAUGGAAACACUGGUAAUUCGAGAACGUCUUUUAGGAACGGAGAGUAGUAAAGUCAUUUAUUCCAUUAGCACUAUGGGUGCCGUAUAUGCGGAUGAAAAAAAAUUUGACCGUUGUCUGUCUUUAUGGUUACGUGUAUUAUAUUUGAGAAAAAUUAGUGUUAGUUCGAUGAAACAUGAUUUACUGACAUUUGCCAAAACUUUCGGCGUUAUGAUUGAUCUUCAAGUUAAUAUCAACACUGAUGUGUGGAUACAAGUUUUUCAAAAUACAAUCGAAGAAUUACAUCGGAAUAGGUUAUCACUGAAAGCUAGUACAGAAAAUACGAGUCAACAACAAUUAGAAAAGCAAAACUUUGAUGACAAUUGUUAUACUCUAUUGUUUCCAUCUCUUUCAACUGUGAAAUUAUUGCUUGAUUGCAGUGUUAAUGUAAAUGCGAACGAUAAGAAGAGAGAUACACCGUUACAUAUCAUUGCAAAUUAUAGAAAUAUACAUAAUACUGAUUAUAAAGAUGUUCCAUCGAUUAUCAUGGAGUUAAUCAAUAAUGGUGCUCAUAUGGAUGCGGUAAAUGAAAAUCGAGAAACACCGAUUGAUCGUGCACAUGCAAAAGAGAUAAAGAUCAUUCUGCAAACUCGAAGGAAACUUUCUCUUAAAUGCAUGGCUUCCACAGCUAUAGUAAAUUUUGAUUUAGACUACUCGGGACAACUAUCAAAGUCACUUAUAGACUUCAUUAAACAGCAUACCACGAAUGCAUGA